AUGCCGGCCUCGGCGAGAACAGCCACCUCGCGGCUGCGCCUGGUCCCGCGCAUAGCCGCCCCGGCCAGGAGGAGCCUCGCGACGUCAACCGCCAGCGCCAAAGACGAGCAGUGGCCGCAGCGAACACCGCUGGGCGCCUACUACACCAGCAUACUGCGCGAUCCGAUCCCCUACCCGUUCGCCCACAAGCCCGAGGAGCCGCCCAGCACCGCGGACCCCAGCGUCCUGCCGCCGCACAGGCGACCGACGACGGCGACUACGACUCCCCCGGCACGCGGGCCCGAACCGACCCCCCCUCCGCAGACGGCGCAGGAAAAGGCCCGCAUCAUAUUCGGAUCGCGGCUCCUCGGCCCGGCGGAGCAGGCGGGCAGGCUGGCCUUGAAGCAGGCCAAGUCGACGUACUUGGCGGGUGUGCUGGUGCCCCCGCAGCCAGAAGAGCCGGACAACUGCUGCAUGAGCGGGUGCGUCAACUGCGUCUGGGAGCGGUACCGGGAGGACAUGGAGGAGUGGACGGCGAGCAAGAAGGAAGCCGAGAGACGGCUUCGAGCCGGCGGCAGGACGGUGGGUGCUGCUGACGGCGGGGGGUCCGAGACGAGUUGGAGUGCGCCGGCGGUUGGCGGCGGUAAAAUCGCCAAGGAUAUGUGGGAUGACGAGGUCUACCGGGGCGUACCGGUUGGCAUUAGGGAGUUUAUGAAGCAGGAGAAGAGGCUGAAGGAGAGGCAUGCGCGGGAGGGUACCGUUGGUGGGUGA